CGCGUAAGUAGGCAAGUGAAAAAGCCCACCACUCAUCAUCUUUAUCUCUUCUCCUUCUCUCUCUCUCUGUUUCUGAGGCGAUAGAACGAACAAAUCGAAGAAUCUCCUCGAAACCUGAUCAACUAUGUCGAACGUCUUGCUCUCCCCUAACGGCUACGUCUUAGCAUCCCCCAAACCUCUUGUCAGAUUCCUCAAUUCCAAGUCCGCCGGACGGAAACUUCUCGUCUCCGUCGUCAGAGCUUCUUCCGAUGAUGCUGAUUGUAAUGCCGAAGAAUGUGCUCCCGAGAAAGAGGUUGGAACUGUGAGCAUGGAAUGGUUAGCUGGAGAAAAGACUAAAGUGGUGGGAACAUUUCCACCUCGGAAGCCGCGUGGUUGGACUGGCUAUGUUGAGAAAGAUACUGCUGGUCAGACUAAUGUUUACUCUAUUGAGCCUGCAGUAUAUGUUGCAGAGAGUGCGAUAAGCUCAGGCACUGCAGGAUCUUCAUCUGAUGGGGCUGAGAACACAGCAGCAAUCGUAGCAGGCCUUGCCCUUAUCGCAAUCGCUGCAGCUUCCUCUAUACUCCUCCAAGUCGGGAAAGAUGCCCCGUCUCGACCAAAAACAGUGGAUUACAGUGGUCCGUCACUUAGCUACUACAUCAACAAGUUCAAGACUUCAGAAGUUGUUCAACCUUCUGCCCCCUCUGUCACAGAAGCUCCGCCGGUGGCCGAGCAAGAAAUCCCAGUACCAGAAACUCCAACGGUAGCUCAGGAAGAAACCUCAGUACCAGAAACUUCAACGAUAGCUCAGGAAGAAACCUCACUGCCGGAAACUAUGGCCAGUGAGGCUCAGCCGGAGGCGUCUUCUGUUCCAACAAGUAGUGCCUCUUAGGGGACUAGCCUAGGAUUAUAUGCGUGUGUAAAGAUGAGAUGAAGCAUAGACCAAUAUUAUGCAUUCUGUUAAUAUUCGGAUAUACAUAUGUAUACACUCUUCUCUAUGAGUUGGUGAUUUAAUCAAAUUUAAAGCCAAAUCUUUUUGCUAAUGUA